AUGAGCUGGUGCUUACUGGUCGACAUCCGUCGGCCUGACCGGGAAAAUUCUGGCAAAUUGGCGUCCCUCCGUGCCGCUGGAACGCUUCUGACGAAUGCAAUUCGCAGAACUUCCUUGUUCCCCGUUCCAGCACCGUAUUCAUGCCUCCUGAAAUACAAGCCCCCUGGUAAAUCCCGCCAUUUCAACGCCAACGCCCGGCGCACAACGCCCAACGAGCUUCCAUACAGAACCUCAGAUUUCCCCAGGGAGCCAACCCUCGAACUCCCCAUCUUCCUCGCCCCGAAACUCGAUCCCUAUAAACUAGGCGGCGUUCAUUGGGAUCGGUAUCUCUUCUACGAUCCCGAUAACAUCUCCCUCUACCCCGGUACGCGCGCCUUCGACUCCAAAGCCAGCGGCCACCAUCCGAUGAUAUUCUUCUGUGAGUUCAUCACCACGCCCACGGCAGAUACGCCGGGCACGUCCCUAAUCAUCCACUUCGAUGACAAGCGUUAUCUCUUCGGGCAUAUACCUGAGGGCCUGCAGCGGGCCUGCAACCACCGCAACAUCCGGCUUUCGUAUGUGACGGACAUUUUCAUGUCCGGGAGGACGUCGUGGACGAACAAUGGCGGGCUGCUCGGGAUCAUUUUGACGCUUGCUGAGUCAGUGAAUACCUCUGCUUGGUCGCAGAGGGAGGUGCGUCAAGCGAAAACCCUACGGUUGAAGAGGCUGGCGGAGCAGACGGAGAAUCGGGAACAGUGGCAGUACUACCGGGACCGUAUAGAGUUGCUUGAGGAGAGCAAUAGGCGGCUUGCUGAGGGCUUCGACCUGAGGGGGAAGCUGGCUAUCCAUGGCGGGCCGAAUUUGACGCGGACGGUGGCGACGGCGAGGAAGUUCAUUUUUAGAACGGGGAUGCCGGUUUAUAUUAAUGAGUUUAAUGAGUUUAGUAAUGAGUUUGCAGUCGGGAAGGAGGAGGGGCAGGGGGGAAGGGAGGGGGAGGGGAAAGGAGAGGGAUGUGAGAGAAACGUGGCGAAACCUACAUGGACUGAUUCGCAUCUGAAGGUAUGGGCACUCUCCGUGUCACCGACGUCUUCUCGUGGAUCACCUGUUGGUUCUGCUGAGGAUACGAAGAAUGGCCGGAAGCGAAGUCUGGAUGAGUUCCAGGAGGGUGCGGGUGCUGCUGCGGCUAAUGAACUACGUUCUGAAGGGAAGAAUGUCAGCGAUUCCGACAAACGCGCGCAGGACCAAAUAGUCUGCCAAGCAGUGGUGUCUGACAUGUUCAAUUCGGACUGGCGCCUCGAUUCUCUGGUGGAAAUGCGCCUCCCUGAGGUCCGGCUACCCGCGAAAAUCUUCGUCCGCAACCGGGAAACUCACAAGCUCGAACCAUAUACGGGGCCUGUGUCUGACGGCACCCAGCCAGUUCCUGAUAUUCCUGUUUUGGUUCGGAAGCCAUGGCCUGGCGCGAUGACGCGGACUCUACCCCCCACUACCCCGUCAGACGUAUCUAUUUCCUAUAUUAUUCAACAUCAUGAUGUACGGGGGAAGUUCAAUCCGGCGAAAGCCAUAGCUCUGGGGGUCAAAAAGGGACCCAAGUUUGGCAAGUUGACCUCAGGCCAGAGCGUGGAGUCUUCGGAUGGGAAGAUAAUCACUCCUGACAUGGUUCUUGGAGAAUCUCAGCCCGGCGGAGGACUUGCGUUUGUGGAUAUCCCCACACCUGACUACGUGGAGAAUCUUGUCAAUAGACCUGAGUGGACUACGCCAGAGGUGAUGAAAGGGCUUGCAAGCUUUAUUUGGAUCCUUGGUCCAGGUGUUGGUAGCCAUCCCCUCUUACAGGAAUUCGUGUCUAAAAUGUCCCAGUACAAGCACAUCGUCUCUUCUCCGGAUUACUGUCCGAAUUACCUAGCGUUUUCCUUAGGUUCGACAGAGACUGCGCAUUUCUCAUUCAUCGACAAUGAACGUUUCCACUUGCCACACCAUAAUAAUGAAGAGGUCCCACAGAAGACGUUCCUUACACCUGGACCUCUUCCUGAUUCAUCAACAAAGGACCCACUGAAGUCGGUGUUCAUACCCGCACGUCCCAAUUUACGGGUCGAGUUGCAACCGAAAUUCCAGAUCAACAGCAGCGGCGUUCAUCAACCUCUCGAUGGGGAAGGUAUCAGGAAUAAUGUUUCUUUCCGAGUCAAGAGAGCAGCACGUGCGGCAAAUCAGGAUAUCCAGAGUCCUCAGUUUCAGGAAUUUCUAGAGAACGUGCGCCGGAAUGUCCCUAACCAAGAUGCAGAAAUUAUCACGCUGGGAACAGGCUCUUCCCUGCCGUCGAAAUACCGCACUGUUUCUGCUACACUACUCAGGGUCCCUGGCGUUGGGAACUAUUUAUUUGACUGUGGUGAAAAUACCCUUGGGCAGCUACAGCGCGCGUUCUCUCCGGAGGAGUUGCGGGAGGUCUUGCGCGAUUUGAAAGUGAUAUGGAUAAGCCACUUACACGCGGACCAUCAUCUGGGGACUGUGUCCGUUAUCCGGGCCUGGCAUGAAGUUACGCACGGAGCUCUGUCUUCAACAGCGCCCGUACCCGAACCAGAGUACGAUCUUACGAAACUACUAAGUGAAAAGAGACUUUUUGUCGCCUCCGACGCGAAAAUGAUAGAAUGGCUCGCCGAGUACUCCGGCAUCGAGAACUACGGCUUCGACAAACUCCUGCCCGUAGAAGCCGACACAAGCUUCGGGGAUAACUUCAAGUACAGCCAUCUGAGCCGCGACCGCCAACCCAUUCUCGACGAAAAUGGGAACCCGGUGAAAAUUCACCUCUCCUUCAACCCCGACCGGUCACCCUUCGCUACUCAACUCCAGCAAGCCACGGGCCUCAGCUCCCUCCUCACCGUCCCUGUCAUGCACUGCCAUGGCGCUAUGGCUACGUCGUUCGUUUUCCCCUCUGGCUUCAAAGUCUCCUACUCUGGCGACUGUCGCCCAUCGCGCGAAUUUGCCAGAAUCGGUGCUGACUCAACCGUGCUGAUCCACGAGGCAACCUUCGAAGAUGACAUGCUGCGGGACGCCAAGGCCAAGCGGCAUAGUACCUGCGGCGAGGCACUACGGGUCGCCGAACGCAUGCGCGCGCGCAACGUCAUCCUUACCCAUUUCAGUCAGCGGUACGCGCACAAACCCACCGUCCCGCGCUUGAAGAUCUGGGAUGCUUCCAACUGCGGCUCUCCCUCCCGCUCUCCUUCCCGCUCUCCCUCCCGCUCUCCCUCCUCCCCCGCUGCGCGCUCCGAAUCCGGAUCCCCACAGCCCAAUAGGCGCCCGCAUGAUAUCGGGGAGUGGCGAGCAAAUAAUCCACCAGACGUCCCUGUUUCGAAGAACGACCUUGGCAAUGACAAUGGCAGUGACUAUGGCAAUGGUGAUGGGCGUGGCUCUGGUUCUAGAUGGAGAGACCAGAUUCGCAGCGGGCCGGCGCCGGCCAUGAUGCAGCUGGACGGGGUUCCCGUUCCUGUCAUCGUUGCCUUUGACCUGCUCCGCGUCCGUGUUGGCGAUAUGCUGUGUGCGCAGCGCUAUGUUCCUGUUCACAAUCUGUACUACGAUUCUAGGCUUGCGCGUGCGGCGCAUUAUGGCGGGUGGAGGCAAAGAGAGAAUAGGCAUACGGAGGCGGAUGCGGGUGCGGAUGCUAGUGCAGGCGAUGGGGCCAAAGAGAAGCAGAAGCCGUGGAAGAAAGGAUGGAUGAAGGAGGAAGAGGGGAAUAAGGAUAAACGGCGCGGUAAACGUCAGUCUAGUUCUAGUUCUACCUCUAGUGCUACUACUAGAGUUGAUCAUGGAGGACAUGGAGAGGAUGCGCCGCAGAAGGUUGCGGGGAGUAUGGGGGAUUAG